CCACUAGCGUCGAUCAGACUAAAUAAAAUCGCGGAUAGGACAUAACAAUAAGAAGGAUCAUUAGAAAUGCAGUGCGAACACCAGUUUUUGCUUUCGGUUUUUUCAGAAACCGAUUCUUCCUCUUUUAAAGCUCGUAAACUGUCCAGAAAGGCAUUGAUAGUGCCGUGUGAUGAAGCGGGGAAACUUGGGAAAUGUAGUCCUCUUAUUAGCAACUGGCUUUUCUGUAACCGUGACUAUUAUUCUUAUUCCGUGCUGCCAGUAGUGUCCGCUCUCUUUGGACUGUUUUUAACUGGGCUGGACACUGUGUCGGAUGUCAUGCUGGCUCGAAAAUAUUUCAUACAAGGGCAUGUCAUCUGGGGUUCCUUGACUGUGUCAUUUGUUGCUUUGCCCAUUGUAUUUGCCCUGGGAUAUCGUGUUUUAUACCACAAUUGUAAAUGGUACGAAGUGCAUCCGGUUGGACCUAUUUAUUGGUCAGUGCGAAUAAUCCUGAUAAACCUGAAACAGCGCAAAUACGGACAUUUCGAAACCCCUGAAGAAGCAAUCAAAUUCGCCCAAGCGUCAAGGGAAAUGAUGAUAUGUCAAGAGAGAAAAGAUUAUAGUUUUGCCGACGAAAAGUAUCUGGAGUCAUAUCCGCAACUGGUUUUGCAAGCACAUGUUGUAGCCGAUUAUCUUAUCCCUUUUCUCACCGAAAACGCUAAUAUUCAGCAUCUUCACUUGGAAUACGCUAGUUCGGAAAUCUGUAUUUCCAUCGUGACAUCGGUACUUUCGGUGCUCAGCUACGAAGCGCUUGUGAUUUUCGACAAUAUGGUGUCCAUUAAAGUUGAUACGUUGACAGUACCGAAUAUGCUGCGAAUUGGCCGCAUGAUUCUUGAUGCGAUGUACCUGGGACCGAGGCUGAUGUGCAUGGUCUGUUUAUUUGCAGUUGAACCGAAACACAUUAUUAUUCCAGCAUUUUGGAUUGUGCAUAUGGCAGGUGCCUAUGUUACAUUAUCUUUCUUACCCAAAUCUCCGGAAAGCAAAUACAAAUUACCAUACCGGUUUCGAAAACAUAUUCUAUUAGAUGCCUUUCGCGGUUACUAUAGUAUGCAAUCGACGUGGAUUAAUCUUUCUCGAACGGCAGCAAUAAGCAUUUUGCUGCCACCUUCUCUGAGUUGGAAGGAGACAUUGUUUACAGCGGCUGUAUCAGAAUAUUUAGUCGAGCGGGAUUCUAGAGAGUUUGGUGAUACUAGCGAUUUGGUUUUGGAUGUGGCCGCUGCUGGAACAGAUGAGCAGGCUAAAAAAGUGACCCUGACUCAAACGGAAGAGAAGAACACAAAGGUCACUGAGGAGGAACUGAAGGAACUCGGGUUGGAUGACCUUUCGCUCAAUGAUAAGGCAAUGGGCGAUGACCUUUGGGCAACUCCAAUGUUGUCGGACGAAUCCAACGAAUCGUAUUUUACGGACGAUGAAACGACAAUGAACACGUCUUUCCAGAAAGCGAUGAGAGAAGCUGACCGAGCAGAAGGGAUGACCCCAUUCAAGAACAUCCCCGAACAUCUAAUUGAAUGA